AUGAAGUGCUCCACGGAGGUGAUCGGGAUAUUACUGAUGCUCGCUUCCGGAGUUUCGGUGACCUCUCAGAUGGCCAUAAGCAAGAUGAUUGAAGAAAUGCAAUGGCCGUACUGGUAUCUCUUGGCAUCCUCCUGCUUAAUGGCCGGAGUAGUGAAUGCCCUGCAUGUGUGGUGCCUGGGCAUAGCUUGCCCCCAGCGAAAGGAUAUCAAGUGGGUACUGGCGCGAGCCGUCUUCGAAAAUUUUCACUGGAUUGGCGCCAUGCUCUCCGUGAUUGUUGGAGCAGCCCCAGGUGAUGUGGCUGCGCUUACCAGCAUUGACAUUAUUGCAGCAGCACUUUUGGGCCUAGUCUUCCUGGGAGAAAGGGUCAGCAUUCUCCAUCUCUUUGCCUUGAUCCUGUCAGUUGCCGGAGCACUCUGCAUCUCACAGCCGCAGUUUCUCUUCGGGAGCAGCCAGGGCGCCGGUGAGUCUCCGGCAGGCUACUGCAUUGCCCUCCUCUCCGGCUGCUUUCAGGCAUGCUCUUUUGUUUGCGCGCGGAAGUCGGCCCACAUCCCCGUGUCGCUGCUCUCCCUGGUUUCGCUGCUCCUCUCGGCGCCAGCAGCCUUGCUGGUUCCCCUCGUCCAGCAUGAACACAGCGCCUUUGGGGUGGUCAUGGCCAGGCCGUGGCAAGCCAUUUGGCUUCUCCUGACUCUGACGGUCUGGAUCUCCAUCUCGAUCUUGCUUCCCGCGGCAGGGGCCACAAGAUGUCCGGCAGCGGUCAGCGCGACCGUCUUCACGGCCGCAAGCAUGAUCACCGGUUACUUGGCGCAGACGGUCCUUUUCCACAAUGCCCCCAAACCCCUGAAGCUUGUCGGCGCCUUCUGCAUGCUUUGCAGCGUCGUGCUGAUGGCCAUCCGCUGCCAAGCGAAGGAAUCCGAGGAGCCGUCCUGCGCAGAGAGA